GUUCUGCGGCGUUCCUGGGGCUCUACCUGGUGUUCGGCUACGGUGCCUCGCUGCUCUGCAACCUCAUCGGCUUCGCCUACCCCGCGUAUGUCUCCAUCAAAGCCAUUGAGAGCUCCAGCAAGGAGGACGACACGACGUGGCUGACGUACUGGGUGGUGUACGGUGUCUUCAGCGUCGCCGAGUUCUUCUCCGACAUCUUCCUCUACUGGUUCCCAUUCUACUACGCUGGGAAGUGCCUGUUCCUGGUGUGGUGCAUGGCCCCCGUGUCCUGGAAUGGCUCACAGGUGCUCUACCACAACGUCAUCCGGCCCUGCUUCCUUAGGCACCACCAGACCGUGGACAAGGUGCUGGGCAACCUCAGCACCAAAGCCCUGGACGCGGCUUCCAGUGUCACCCGAGAAA